GUACAAACUAGAAAGAGUUAGUUAAUUAAUUAACCAAGCUAAUUAGUCAUAAUUACGAAUAACAACAAGAAUUAGUACAUAAUAUCAAAAAAUAUAGUAACCAUUGAGAUUACGUUGAAGCCAAAGAAGAGAAGUGUGCUGACACCUGAGGAUUGUAGCUGUGAUGGGAGAGAUGAUCAUUACAUUAUCAACAAUGUAAGUUAGACUAAAGCAAGUAAAUUCCAAACACUUUUGCCCACAACAUUUUUGGUCCCUCCACCUUCCCCAUCUCCCUCCUCCCUAUUUAACCCUUUUUUCCCUAUUCAUCAUAUCUCACCCCCAAUACCAUCUCUCACAAGACUACCCUAGAUCUCUUCACUCAUGCCAUGCCAUGGCAACUGAGCUUGGAUUCCUAGCCCUCACCCAACUCCAAAAGGUGGCUCACUCGUCCCAGAAGGUCGAAAUUCUAGACCACCACGAGAAUCAAAAGAAAAAUCGAGACCAGUCCCACCAUCACCAUCACCAGCGGUAUCAGCAUCAACAACAACUGAUGCUGAUGAGCGAUGGUGGGACGAACUCAUCUACGGGAGCAGGAGCAGGAUCAGCAACAACAGGAGUACCGCUGCGAACCACGUGGAUGUGGAACCCUAGGCCAGGCAAAGAGGAUCAUCAGGAAGAGGAGGAGGAGGAGGACGAGGACGACGAGGAGUCUUGGGAGGUGAAGGCAUUCGAGGAGGAUGCCGGGAACGUCAAUGGUAGCACAUGGCCGCCACGGUCCUACACUUGCACCUUCUGCCGCCGGGAGUUCCGGUCGGCUCAGGCUCUCGGCGGCCACAUGAAUGUCCACCGCCGUGAUCGGGCCAAACUCCACCACCACCACCAAGCCCUACCUCUUCACCUUCCACCACCGCCACCACCUCAUAACCCUACAAACGCCUCCUCCUCCUCCACAUACAUCAUCCCAUCUCCGGAAUUCUCCGCCGCCGCCGGCGGUUUGUGCUUGCUCUACCAAUUCCCAAACCCUAAUAACCACCGCCAACACACCACCACCUCCACCGUGGCCAAUGCAUGCACAACCACCGAUGCUCCAUCCACUCUCCUCUCCAUGGCGCCGUACGCUCAGCAGCAACGACACAGCCGCCGCGGGCCGAUGGUGGCGGCAGGACAGUCUCGCAAUCCUUACCCGCCGCCGGUCAGGCGAAAUUCAUCAUCUUCUUCUCCUCCACAAUAUUAUAAUUUCGGGGCCGGCGGGGGAGGCCAGCUGGCGACGGCGGAGGGAAAUGAUAAGGAGAUGGGAAGCAGUAGUAAUGAGGAGGGCGAGGAGGUGGAUCUGGAGCUGAGGCUUGGCCAGAGAUCCACGUCAUCAUCAUCAUCAUCGUAAAAAAAAAAAACAAAAGAUAAGAAAUCUGAUUUUAUUAAUUACCUUUUCUUAUAUUAUUAUUGGUUUCUGAAACAUUUAUGUUAUUGUUUUUAUCGUUUGGAGAGGACAUUAAAGUGAGAGUGAAAAUGUGAGAAGGUGAAUUUUUUUUUUUUGUGUGUAAAAAGACAGUUAUUUAUAAUAAAUUUCAUCAUUUUUU